UUUACUUUCAUCUCAUCCAAGAGAAGAAGAAGAAGAAAGAAGACCGAGGAAUCCAGUUCAGUUCAACUCUCUGCAACAACAAACAGUCCAUGCCCGGUCUCCCCCACCCAAAAGCCCUAAUCUGAACCCAACAUCCUCUUCUUCUUCUUCAGCUCUCCAAAUCAUCGAAACAUGCGCACUUCUUCUGCUUCCUCUUAUUCCUUUCUCUUCCUCCCCACCUUCUACUAUCCCCCCUCUCGAUUACGACGUCAUUCGAUUCCAUUCUCCGUCUCUUCCAAGUCGUUUCACUCCAAUCCCGGACUCUCCCGCUCCGGACUCCGUCUCUUCGCCUCGAUCGCGGAGACGAAAGCCAUCGAGCUCUCGUGGGUUGACCCAAAUUCCGACGACGGUUAUGGCGGCUGGGCCGUCUCCGACACUCCGGUUCACCUCAAGAAGCAAGGAAUUGGAUUGCGUAUGUUUGUGAUUUGGGGUUUUGGGGCUUCAUUUGCUGGUGUAUUUGCUGCCAUUGCGUACUUGUCACUACGAAGGAAAGGACUUGACUUUAAAAUUACUAGCCCAUUGCAUGGGAUACUGACUGCAAAUGAUACUAAAGGUAGUGAAAACAGAACUACUGACUAUGACAAAUCUGAUGGAGACUCUCUUGAUAUGGAGACGGGUUUGCAGUUGGAACCGGAUGUUGUUAGUGAAAAUGUUGCUUCAACAUUUACAGAAAAGGUUGAACGUGUUAUAAUCCCCGUAGCUGUGGAUUCUACUCAACGGAAAGCUUUGUCAGUUUUGAAGAAUCUGAAGAUCAUUGAAGACGAUGUCAAGGCUGAUGAGUUGUGCACUAGAAGAGAAUAUGCAAGAUGGCUUGUUCGAAUGAACUCGUUAUUAGAAAGGAACCCAAGGCAUCGAAUUAUCCCAUCAGUAUUACUUUCAGGGUCUGUUAAGGCUGCAUUCAAUGAUGUGAGUGUUGAGGACCCGGAUUUUGGUUCUAUUCAGGCCCUGGCAGAGGCUGGGGUUGUUUCCAGCAAAUUAGCUCAUAACUCCGCCAAUAAUGGGUUUAAAGGGGAAGGAGAUGCCCGUUUUUCUCCUGACAGAUUUAUCUCUCGGCAAGAUCUAAUAGACUGGAGAACUCAACUAGAGUAUCAAAUUUUGCCAGGAUUAAUUGAACAGAUAUUUACAAUAAAAUUAGGUUUCAUGGAUAUGAAAGAGCUGACACCAGAUGGAUCGCCAGGCCUUUAUAUGGAUAUGUUGGCUGGGGAUAAUAGCAUUAUCAGAAAAGUUUUUGGAAAAAGCAAGCGGUUUCAACCAAAUAAACCUUCAACAAAAGCGCAAGCAGCCGUAGCACUGACAAGUGGCAGGAUGACAGAAGCAAUACAAAACGAGUUGUUGAGACUUGAAGCCGAAAGUUCCGCAAGGCAAGCUGAGAUGGAAGUAAUUUGGUCCGAGUUGCUUGAAAGAGGAGACAUAAAGAGGCUUUGGGAUGAGAAGAUGAAUGAAGAGAAAAUCCAUGGUCUUGAGGUGCAGAAAGUGUAUCUUGAUGCAGUUAGUGAUUUGGAGCAGGAGAGGGUCGUUCAAGAAAAACAUUAUGCGGAGAAUUUAAAGGAGAAAGCAGCUAUGGACUGUCAGAGGCAAUUGCUUCUCAGUCUCAAGGAAGAGGUCAAUGAGAUGUCAGAAAAGCUUGCAUCUGAGAGGGCUUUGUAUGUGGCUGAGCAGUGUGAUUUGCGAGAUAUGCUUAGUGAUUUAGAAUCCAAGCAGGAAGGAAUGCUCGAUACAAAAUCUAUACUCGAGGCUGAGAAAGAAGCUCUCCGGAUACUAAGAUCUUGGGUAGAGGAUGAAGCAAGAAAAAGCCAUGCACGUGCGAAGGUUCUCGAGGAGGUAGGACGAAGGUGGAAAUGGGAGAAUCAACCUUGAGCUAUUGGAGUCUGGAAAUAUGGAGGAAUGUACAAUGUUUGUUUGAUUUAGAUUAGCAGAGAUGACUGUAAAGAAGAGUCUUUUGCUUGUUGGCUCUGUUAUAAGAUUCCUCAUAGAAAUUUCUGCGAGGCACAUGGAUGUGAUUGGGAUAAGAAUUUUGUUUGCAGGGUGCAGCAUAUCCAGCGAUCAUACAAAUUUAUUUACUGCAAAUAAAAAAAAGGAAUAUAAUUUGAUUCCUCUUGUCACAGCCCUGUUCAGUGUUUUCGUCUA